GAUUUCGGCAGCCACUGUGAAGUUAGAAACAAGAAAACCUAAUUAGAAUGAAAAGGAAGUUAAUGGAUCAGAAUAUGGGAUCAGAGAUUAGAUGUGCCAUUGAAGAACUCUCCGUUAUGGUCAAAGUUAAAGGUGGUAUACUGGUCCCAGCGGCUGAACAUGGUGGUGGUGAUCAUGUUCACGAGGCUGCCCAUAUUCCCACCAGGCCUUUUCUUUCUCUCUGCACCUUGAUUCUUCAAGUUCUUGAUAAAAUAGGACCAACAAUGGCUGUUCUAAGCCAAGAUGUCCAUCAAAAUAUUCGGAGAUUGGAAACGAAACAUGAAUCAGAUCCUCUGACGUAUUCAAAUAUGGUUGAGAUGUUGAAAAACGAGGCGACAGAAGGCAUUGCUAGAAACGAUACCAGUUGUAGUAGAGCCUUUGUUUGGCUCACCAGAUCCCUAGAUUUUACAGUGGCCUUAUUGCAAAAUUUAGUAAGAGAUCCCGGGAAAAAUAUGAAGCAGGCAGUGGAAGAGUCUUAUACCAUUACUUUGAAGCCAUGGCAUAGAUGGAUUUCAUCAGCUGCUUCUAAAGUAGCUUUAAUGCUAGUGCCAGACAAUGAAACAUUCAUUAGUAGCCUCAUGGCAAAAGAUGAAAACUAUGACGACUUGAAGCUGGAAAUAGAGACCUUAGUUUCCUUACUUGUGCCUUAUCUGGAACAAAUCCACUCGAUUCUGGUAAACUAUUUGACAACCCAACGCUUACCCAAUGCUGCUGCUUUUUUUUUCCUUCUUUGGCUAACGUGUGUGUUUUACAUGUUUGAUUAUACUUUGUUUUGCAGAGAUUUUAUCACUUGGAUAGGUUGAAAUCUAACUGAGGUACACACGAAAACAAAGCAGACUUAAUGCGUACAGCCAUAAGUCAAAGAGUCCAGUAUUCCUAUGUAUGUAAAUAUGUGCAAACUGUAUUUGGUUGUUAUGAUAAGCAAAAUUGUCUUCGUGUUUCGUAUAAUUAAUUAAGUAUUAUCUAAUGUAUCUCAACAUGAAGGAACAUCUACGAUCUAUCUAGCUAUGAUCUCCUCUGUACAGUUUGAAUGGAAAAUACUCUUAAAUCAUAAAUAUUAGGCUUGGCUUCAAAGG